UUGGAGUGUCAUUGAUGGUGUUUUGCCCCUUGUCAAACCCUUGAAGGCCGCCAGCCCUUUUCUGAGAACAAGUCCCAGGUCGAGAUGAGGUUCGCCAUUUUUGGCUGCCUGAGCACAGCUCUUACGAUCGCCGUUGUUGCAAACGCCUGGGCGCAACGAGGACAAUUCUUCACAGCAUGUAUUCAUCUGACUCGCUCUAGCGCGAGUCUCAUGAUUCUGCUCAAUAUGGGCUUAUACAUCACCAUACUCUUGGGACGGGCCUUGCAAAGACUAUUUUUUGGUCAACUGCGGGCAUUAGAAGUGGAGCAUUUGUACGAACGAUCGUGGUUUGCUGUAACAGAAACGUGUCUGGCCAUGACCAUUUUUCGCGAUGAAUUCGAUAUUCGAUUCAUAAUCCUAUUUGGCCUCCUGCUUCUUGUGAAAAUAUUUCAUUGGAUUGUACAGGAUCGAGUCGAGUUUAUGGAGCAAGCGCCGAAUCCGUCCGUUGGCUGGCACGUUCGAAUGCAAACAAUUACUGCCAUACUUGCUGCAAUCGAUUUGGCGAUGAUCGUGUAUGCUGUACAAUAUACGAGGACCAGAGGGCCAAGUAUGAUGAUUAUUUUUGGAUUUGAAUAUACGAUUCUCCUGUCGCUAGUUUUGUCAACGUUUGUAAAGUAUUUACUGCAUUCUUAUGACCUGCGAAGAGAUCGACCUUGGGAAGAAAAAUCUAUGUACAUCUUUUAUGUGGAUCUUAUGCAUGAUUUCGAGAAACUUGUCACCUACUUCUGCUUUUUCGGCAUCGUCGUAUAUUACUAUAGCCUGCCACUCCACAUUGUCCGAGAUCUCUAUAUGACCCUCCGAAGUUUCAUCCAUCGAUGUCGAGAUCUCAUUCAAUACCGACGAGCAACUGCAAACAUGAAUGAACGAUAUCCAGAUGCGACUCCGGAAGAGCUAUCAGCAACGGAUAGAGUUUGUAUUAUAUGCAGAGAGGAAAUGGAUAUCGCUGGGAAUAAUGUCGUACCGGCGGCCCCUGUAAAUAAUGGGCAACCUCGUGCUGGGGCCGGGGGGAGGGUUCCCGCUGCCGGCGGUCCCAGACCGAUAGCACACCCGGACACUCCCAAGAAGCUUUAUUGCGGACAUAUCUUCCACUUUCAUUGUUUGCGGAGCUGGCUAGAGAGACAGCAAAGUUGCCCUACAUGCCGACGAUCUGUCCUUGAGCAACCGUCAGCAGCGGCAGCUCAACAGGCAGCUGGACGUCCGCCAGCGGGUGGUGCACCGGGUAAUGCUGUCAAUGAUUUCCAAGCAUUCUGGCAGCAACAUCAGCAACUUUUUGCGGGUGGGGUAUUGCAUGCGGCCCCAGGGGUGAAUACACCGGGCCCGUCAGUACAGCCCCAGGCGAAUGGAGGAGCAACAGCAGCUAAUCCAAUUCGCACAUUAAUGGGAGAACCACAAAAUCUCCCAACAUCGAGUAUACCGGACGGCAUGAUGUUCCCUAUCACUCUCACACCACUUAUACCAUUGACAGGUGCUCAUAGUGGCCAACCUCAAACUAUUCCGCCAGUCUUGGACCAUCUUUCCGACGAACAGCUUCAAUCCAUGGAGGGACGAUCACGAGAGGCAAUGAUGGAGCGAAUCCGGGCCUUGCAGAACAUACAGCAUCAGCUAACUGGUGUAAUAACCCAGUUGAUGCAAAUUUCACAGAUAAUCCCACCGCCAUCUGCCACCCCUGGCGCGGAAUCUGGUAGUGGAAUUGGUACAUCUAGAUCUGGUGAUAGUGAUGGAGCCGGCGUCAAUGCGGGUGCCGGGUCGUCAUCAUCUUCGUCGGCGGCAAGAGACGAAACGGUUGAUAAGAAAGGAAAGGGUGUCGCACAAGAAAGUUAACCGAUCGCCAUCCCCUCACUCCAGCAGAAGCAAAAAUCUAUUGCGAUGAAGGAAAGUGCGUUCACAAGGGCCAAAUGGCGUGAAUGUGAAUAUGCCAAGAUAGCACGUCUAUUAUCAAAAUGUGACUGUACAUCUCUGACCGUGCCUUUUGCAAUGUAAACUGUAUCAAUAGGAACAGCCCUUCGACAUCAUCGGCCGUAUCCGAUCCAAACUUUGAUACCUGUAAC